GGGCUGUGAGGUGGGGAUGUCGGAGAGUACAAGAGGUGUGUACACAGUCAGAGCACACAGCUGACUUUAUCCUCUUCUAUCUGGAUAAAAAAAAAAACAGAGGAACAGCCGCAAUUCUUCCACGGAGAGCCACUGUGCGCUAGAAUAAUUUUUUUUUAAGGGUGUGGAAAACUCUUCUGCACUCUCUUUCCACCUUCCAGAUAUUUGAGUUCCUUCAGAUAUUUGUGUGAGCAAGUUUAUUUUUUCAGCACCACGGGUAGCGUGGACAGCGGCAGCAGCAUGGAGCCGUCCACGGUCUCAGGAGCUCAGCUCUCCCCGUCCGACCUUUACUCCGUCAUCCCCUUUAAUGUCACCUUCUCGGACGAGGAGGUGGCCGACAGGCUGCAGAACUACACCGAGCAGCAGGGUCCGGUGAGGAGCGCCGGGGGUAUUAUCAUAGCCAUAUGCAUCACGGCUCUCUACUCCGUCAUUUGCGUGGUGGGACUUCUGGGCAACGUCCUCGUAAUGUACGGGGUGGUCAGAUACACCAAGAUGAAGACGGCCACAAACAUCUACAUCUUCAACCUGGCUCUCGCCGACGCCCUCGCCACCAGCACGCUGCCCUUCCAGAGCGCCAAAUACCUAAUGAACACCUGGCCGUUUGGGGAAGUCCUGUGCAAGCUCAUUAUUGCCAUCGACUACUACAACAUGUUCACGAGCAUCUUCACCCUGACCAUGAUGAGCGUGGACCGCUACAUAGCUGUGUGCCACCCUGUCAGAGCGCUGGGGUUUCGGACGCCGGUCAAGGCGAAAAUGAUCAACGUGCUCAUCUGGGUCCUGUCCUCCGCGAUUGGGGUACCCAUCAUGGUCAUGGCUGUGACCAAAGUGAAGGAUAAUGGUAUAACCAUGUGCAUGCUGAAGUUCCCUGACCCUGACUGGUACUGGGACACCGUGACAAAGAUCUGUGUGUUCAUCUUUGCUUUCGUGGUUCCUGUGAUGGUCAUCACGAUAUGUUACGGCCUGAUGAUCCUGCGCCUGAAGAGCGUUCGUCUGCUCUCGGGCUCCAAGGAGAAAGACCGCAACAUGCGCCGCAUCACCCGCAUGGUCCUGGUCGUGGUGGCAGCCUUCAUCAUCUGCUGGACCCCAAUCCACAUCUUCAUCAUCGUGAAGACCAUGGUGGAGAUCGACACGAGGAACCCCUUCGUGAUAGCCAGCUGGCACCUGUGCAUCGCCAUGGGCUACACCAACAGCAGCCUCAACCCUGUCCUCUACGCAUUUUUGGAUGAAAACUUCAAGCGGUGCUUCAGGGAUUUUUGCCUUCCCUGUCGGACCCACGUGGAGCAGCACAGUCUGACAAGAGGCAGUAACAACACCAGGGAGCCAGUGUCCGUCUGUGCUCCGACAGACGCGGGAAAGAAGCCGGCAUGACUAGGCAUGGAAGGGGUCCCACACAGCUCUCGCUCGAGGAGGAUCCAGCAAGAUCUGCAAUCAGAGGUCACCCAGAUCUCCACGACAGAGUUUUAAAGAUCAUGAAGAGAACAGGCUAGUCUCAAAGAACCACUUUGUGCCGGUUAUUCUCUCCAAUUUGUCUGACUGAACAUUCAAAAGGAAUAGCUAAAGAUAAUGGAAAAUAAGUUUCGCUCUGAUGAUACUUUCCUGGGUAAAAUGGAAUGUGUUCUUCUUUCCUCAAAUGUGACGCCUUACAGAAGCUGUGACACUUUCAAUUCAAAUGUAAGCAAGAUUACGAAGCAGGACAUCCCCAGAUCAUGAUUACUCUGCCCAAAUGCGCCAGAAGAAAAGUGGACAGACCUUUUUGAUCAUACAAAAUGGUCAAAGAAACAUCUGCAGAUUUAUAUCUCGUCAAGCAAAGACGAUAUUGUUCAAACGCCAUCCAUCAGAGAGCAUUGUAAUAAGACAGGAUUACUGACAGGGUAAAAAUUUCAACAAAAGAAAGGAUUCUGAAACGAUGGGAUUAUUCCAAUUCAAUCUUUUUAUUUCUUUUAAGAACACUUUCCUAUACAUUCAAAGAAAAUUUGUGGUGAUAAAGGAGUAUUUUGACUUUUUCAUUUGUAUCUUUAGCAUCGAUACAAAAACAAUUUGCCUUACAGAGAACGACUCAUACCCACCAACAGCUGGUUGAUGAAUUAUUGCAUAGCUUGUUGUGGUUGACAACAAGGUCAACAACGCUGAGAAAAAAGGGAAUCUUGUACAACAUAAAUGGAUGUGUUUUGUUUAGUUUCUCCCUUGAGACUCUGCCACCAUCAACUUUGUUUGAAGGUCUAACGGUUCAGACAAUGUUUGUCAGACAGGAAAUGAAAAUUAUAAUCAAGCCCAGUUCGUAAGAUUUGGUGCUCAGAAGGAAAAAUCCUGAAUGACAUUGAACCGCAGAUGCUUGGAUUUCUAUGGACGUCUUUUCAAGACUUAACUUUCAUGAGUGGUGUCAAGUCUGCAGACAGCCUCUGAUCAGAAUCACUAAAGAAUGUCCAACCUGCCAGUGAAGAAUAAUGUCGGCAGCCACAACGCUUGACUCACCGUGUUGGUUUAUUGUUUGAAAUAAAUAUGAACAACCCAAAAACUCGAAACUGAGAGCAUUUUCAUCACACAGAUGCUAUGUCUUUGAAGUCAAACUGCUCAAAGAAAAUGAUUGAUCUGCUUUUAAAUGAGCUUAAUGUCUGUCAUCUGGAAUAUCUGUGGCACAUUUAGGACGCAUUGGGUUAUUUAUUUACUCCAAAAGAUGAUGAUGUCAAUCAAAUGGGAGACAUUCAUCAAUGGACGCCGUGGAAUUAAUGAUCGUUUCAACUUUGCAUACCAGAUGAUGGAUGUCAGAGGUGAUUAUGCAGAGCUAAUCAAAAUGUGUUCUCAUGUGGAAAUGUUUUGAAAGCAAAUUACGUGUGUUGACACGCAAUCGUGUCAAAAUGUGCCAUUUUUUUUAAUUAAUGUUGAAAUGUUUAUUUAAUGUGGUAAAUGUUGAGUAGAUGGAAUGUAAGUCAAAGACGAUGACAGUAAAGCCCCCUUUAGGCAUUUGGGAUGGACUCUAUAUAAUAUUGACUUGACAAAUGAACAGAAAGAAAUUAAAUAAAUGUGAAUUUGUAGAUAACAUAAAGCUUUUGCAUUUGAACAAAUUGGGCUUCAGCCACAUGCAGCUCAAAUGAUUUUGAGGCGCAACUGUGAUUCUGUAUGUUUUCUCUACACUUUUUAGAUCUUACUAUUUCCACACAAACCUUUACACACACAAGGCUCAAAUGAACAAAUAAAUAAAUAAAAGAACAAAGGGGGAACAACAAUCCGAUGGAAAUGGCGUUCUGCUCUGUUUACAGAUUCAGCAAUUUGUCUGUUUGGUGACUGUGGCGUUACUCACAGAGACCAGGAGAGACUCUACGUAUUGACUAUGUUGUGGCAAGUAGGAGAUUGACAUCCUUUGCACCGUGAUCCAUUCCUGCAUAUUUUCUUAUAGUGACAGUGGUGAUUUAAAGUGAAAUGUAUAUACAUGCUUAGCUUUGACAAAGUGCUGCAUCUGUCGGGUGUAAAGGAUAUCUCUCAGCCAGCGUUAUAUUUGCAAACUCAAAUUAAGGGCACAAUGACACAUGUAUAGAAUAAGUUUUCCCCAAAACAAAAAUGACAAGGGUGGUCCACUUAUUAUAGUUUGACAAAUAAACAAAAGCGAGUCGUUUCAAAUAUAAAUGGAUAUAUUACAAAUAUCUGUAUUGUGCAUUCAGGGUAUGAUCGAAGGCAAAGUGUGCAUGAUUUUCACUUCAUUAUCACAUUCGGAUGGCUCAAAAAUGUUUCCUUGUCUCAUUUUUUUACUCUCACUGCAGAAUUCUCCUUAUUUUUCAUUAUUUUAGAUGUGAAUAGAUUCAGUUGUUGGAUACAGUUUGUUAAAUAUAACAUCAAUUAAAUGUUCUCUGCGUGGCCGAGUUCAUCAGAAACAAAUCAGUAAUAUUUUACCACCUCAUUACCUUACCUCAAGUGACAAUAACAAAGAAACAGAGAUAUCCCAGUAUUACUGAUCAAUGCUGGUCAAUCAAUGUUGCCCUAGUAACAAUGGAGAUUUCAAGCAGUCUGGUCCACACCCUGUAGUCUUUUAGUACUAAACGCUGCCUCCCUAAUCCCCUAAUACUCCAGGAAGCUCUUCACUGAUGUAAUGAGCCUAAUUAUUUUGCACUCAGAGAGCAAAAUGGCCUCAGUCACACAAAGCUUCAGAGUGUUUUUAUUUGUAGGAUAUUAACUGAUUUAACUGGCAAAGCAACGUGAAUAAAAACACAUUUCCUAGGAAAAAAAACCCUAAUCUUAACGACUAAUAUUUACGCAUAGUAAACCUGAACCUCACCAUGAACAGCCUAAUAUGCCAGGUGGAGUAAAUCGAACAGCACCGAGAAAAUAAAGAGAAUCUACGGGGGCUAAUGUGACUGAAUGAGCCAGAAUGUUAGCGGCUCGCUCGUCGGCUACAGCAGAUCACCCGCUGUCCUCGUGUGUGUGAUGACUGCAUCACCAAGACUAUAGAAUCUCAUAUUUUGCAGACCUGCAGAUUAAUUUCUGGUGAUUUCUGUCUGUAGUAAACUACAGAAGGCUAUUUUACUCCUUUUUCGAUAAAAAUAACUACAGCUUAAAAAGUUGCCAGAUGACUCAUUUACAACCAUGUAAUAAAGGAAGUUAGAGAAAUCUUUAGACAAAUAAUCAAAAGCUACAGGGAGAUCUCAUUUAAAGUAAAGAAUUAAAAAUAAAAAAAAGGUAAAGUUAACAACUUAUUGACAUCGAAUAUUUUUUUUCUUUUUUGGUUUAGAUCACAAAUAUCGGCCUUCAAAAAAAUAAUCCCAUGUACAUCUGUAUAUUUGACUUCCUACUGACUGGCCCACGCCUCGUGACUGCUUGUACGCGACGCAAGAGGGAAGGAAAAGAGUGAAUUACAAUAUGAUAUAUUGAUUAUUCAUCACGUUUUCCCUGAUAGUCGCUUAAUUUGUUGCUUGGUGCUUUAAAGAAAUAAAAGUCAGUAAGCGGGUCUGAAUAGUCGCUAAACACUGCGUAUGGCAGAAUUGACGUGUGUUAUAUUAAAUAACUGUAUCUUAUUUGGUUCAAGGACACUGUGUGAAGCAGUUUAUUAAUCUGGGACUCCCGGAGGUGAGGUGUCACUUAUGCUUAACAGAGUUCCUAUUAACUGCCAAUCGACGUUAGUAGGGAGUUCAUAUCACCGUUUGCUUCUUCAAUCUUUUUCCUCCAUUCAGCUUUGUACCUUUGUAAUUUGCCUUCAGUUAUUCUCAUUAUCAAUUUGGUCCUUUUUAUAUUUGAUAUAAGACUGCUUUGCACUGUAAACGGUAUACUGAAAAGCCUGUGUGAAUGUAAAUAACUGUAUAUUUGUGUAAAAUGCCACUAUGUUGUUUAAUCCCUGACUGCAGUACGGCAACUGUGCUGAUCAUACUUUUUAAGCUUCUUCUGUUGAAUAAACAUUUAUAAUGCAGCAGCUGUGCUUCAAGCCAUAACUUCAAUUGUUGUCAAAAAAUAAACUCAAUUAAAUGAAGCACAG